CGAUGGGAGGGUUUCAUAGUCACACCUCUCUGGUUUUAGGUGUCUGUAAUAUCAUAAAAGCCCCUCUGGAGGAAUAGCGUCACACAACUGUGAAGACGCCAGCAAGGUUCCAUUGUUCCAACAAAUUGCAGUAUGUAUGCAUGGCUCCCUCUGCUGGCUGUUUUCAUGCAGCCUGCUUUUGGUGCCUACAAUUGUCCUCCUGAAUAUAGCCGGACCCCAGAUAACUCAGACCUGACAGUAGACUGCAGUGCCACAGUCAUCACCUUGGAGAUUAACCUGUGCACGGCACAGUGGGCAGGAUUCAAUACCACAGACCUGGCCCUGAAUGGAAAUCACAAUAAGCAGGAGUGUCUGGGCACGGCUGAUACCAGUGUCAGCCCUCCAGUGAUGCGUUACUAUCUGCCUGUCAAUCACAGCCACGAUAACCCCUGCCGCCAGUCCCUGCAGAUUGUCGAUGAAGCCCCAGACCCCUCAGGACCCUUCAGCUCCUUUGCCAGUGUACAGUCAGUUAUCAUCACCAGCUUCAUAGAAACCCCUAGCUCAGACCAAGGCACAAUCAGCUACUCCACAGACCUGUACUACCACUUCUCCUGCCGCUACCCUCUUGAAUACCUCAUCAACAACACACAGAUUGUAGCUUCGUCUGUCUCUGUAGCAACUAAUGACAAUAAUGGGACUUUUAUUAACACCAUAAAGAUGAGUGUAUAUAAUGACUCUUCCUACCAAUAUCCUUUGAUAGUGCCACCUACAGGCCUGCCGUUGCGAGCUGGGGUCUUUGCUGAAGUCAAAGCAGUAAAUCUGACUGGGAAUUUUUAUGUUCUUCUAGAUCACUGCUUCUCCACACCAACAGCUUACAAUGUGACACACAGUGAACAGCACAUCUUCUUCACUGGUUGCUCAAAGGACGACAGGACAACUGUCAUCAGCAAUGGCAUUUCUAAAGUUGCCCGCUUUAAUUUUGAGGCCUUCCGUUUUCUUCAACACCGUGCUCAGUCAAUGUCCAGCAUCUACCUGCAUUGUAUUCUCAGAUUGUGUGAGCCGAACAAGUGUCAGGAAAUCCUUGCAGGUUGCAAUAGUAAAAGAAAAAGAUCGGUGACUCCCUUUGGACAAGAGGAUAAAGAUUCAGCUACUGUAUCUGCUGGACCACUGUACACAGCUGCAGAGGAACCAAAUGCACAAACCUACAGUACUGCAGCCCAAAACGGCCUUAAUGAGACUGGACUUAUAGUGGGCGUGGUGCUGGGGUCUGCUGUGGCCGUGCUUCUGGUUCUUUCUGGAUGGUUUGCUCUCAAAAGGUUUUACCGGUUUGACUGA